AUGAAGUUCAACAUUGUCGGUCUCGUUGCCGCGGCAUGGAUGCCGCUCGCUGCAUGCCAGUUUUCUUGCCACUGCCAGAUCGCCAAUAACGGAAAUGCCGUCAUUGCUGCUAUUCGACUUUGCGAUGAGGUCGGCGGAACAAUCUGCUACAACUCUGCCGGAAAUUACAAUGUUUGCAAGACUAGUGCCGCGUGGACCGAUGAGCAGUGCAAGAACACGUUCCAGGGUAUUGACCAGCCGAAUGAGAGAUUCAGGGCUGUUUGCACCGCGUACAACGGCGGAGGAUGCCCUGCGUAG